ACGAAUGCUUCACGGAAACGGCGUCUCGUCUCAAGUUCGCCGGAUCUACAUCAAGGGCAUAGAACCAACAUUUGAAAAGGACUUUGUGAGGAGGACUCUCGAUUGACUCAGACCCGUUGGGGUUACCGUCGGCCCGAGUGGAAACAGAGGCGCAUUUACGCCGCCGUAAUGUGAGAUGACUUCGAGAGAAAGAUGAAGGAGAGCUACUGGGAGCCGGAAGAAACCGAAUACCUAUACGAAUCUCGCUAUCCGUUUGACUAUGCCAACUGUCAGCCUCGGUCGAUCUAUGAGAGUUGUUCAGCUUGGUCACCAAUGGCUGGGCUCAUCAGGGAACUGUCCAACCUGACGGACAUCUUCUACGCAUGCAAUACUCGAUUCCCUCCCUUACUGCUUGAUACCUUAAAGAAAUUCCACCCUGCAUGCAGAAUUCAUAUACUUCCUUUCAACCUACGUUCGCUACAGACUUUACGUUCAGACAAGUACCAACUUGACCUGGUACAGUCUCCGAGCCUUUACAGCAUCAGAUGCAGCUUCAGAUGCCCGUUUAGUGUUGAUUACACCGCUCCAAAUCGCCUCAACACAGCUGCAAUACGGACGCUUACCAGUAUGGCUCCACGGCUGAAGGAAGUGUAUGUGGCAUAUGCUCAUGGCCAUGUCCUCUAUGAGUUAGACAAGGCCGCCUGGAAAGGCGCAGAGGACCUAGAACAAUGCUUUCCGCAACACCGCGCGUCAUUGCGAACCUUUCACUUAGGAUGGCAUCCGGGAACGUUCAUAGAAGAUGGUCUCCUCCGUGAUUGGAGUCGCUUUGUUGACUUUGACGCGCUACGAGUCCUCAGACUACCGGCUCCCCUGCGGCCAAAGGGACUUGAACUACUUGGAGCGUACUCAUUUCCUUUCCUAAAGAACCUGGUCAUCAACAUUGACGUUGCGUAUGGGCGAGACGAGCCGGGGUACGAGCGAGAGAAAACAUUCUCGCGAUUUAUCGAUCGACUUAAGAAGCUGUGCACGCUAGAAGUGAUUGGAUGGGACGACUUUUAUCUCGGAAAACACCUGUUCAACCCGUCUUGCGGCUUCGCUUUGCGGACUUUGGAUUUACAAGGCCACGUCGGCCAUCCGGUUUGGCCUCUCCCAAACCCAUUCAAUGCGCGGCUCAUUGCGCUGACCGUCCAGCGCUGGCCCUUGCUCGAGAAUCUGGCCAUCAGAGUCCGACGCUCCAAAUGAGAUGGAGAAGAGAUGGCUGUUUACCUGGCUCUCGGUAAACUUCGACGCCUUCAAAAGUUAUCUCUACUUCUCAUGCCAAUGCAAGGAGCAUGGCAGUCUCCGGAGGAGCGCACGACACCACCUCC